AUGGAGGCGGAAAGACAGGAAAAACGAGGCGAGCACCAGGAGCAUGCGCAGCCCAGGCUGCCGGACCUCAACUUUGUGCGCGACAAGCUGCAGAAGUUCCAGUCCAACAUGCUGACCGACUUCGAGCAGCGGCUGUCCUGCAUGGUGGAGGAUGUGCUGCAGGAUCUGCGACAGCGGGAGCUGCGGGCCCACGAGUUUCCCAACUUCGAGAGAUCGGAUCGGAAGAGCACCUGGCACAACCGCGUGACCAGCCAAGCGCCCGCGGACGUCAGCGACUCGCCAAAUGGUCAUGCAAAUGGCACAAGUCCAAGGCCACCGCUCCAAGCCCAAAAAUCCGGCCAAAAACAGCGACAGCGACAACUGCCCGAAAAAGUCUUCGUUGCCCGGGAAUCUUACCUCACCGCACUGCUGCAGGUGGAGCACAUGCGCACCAUCUACCACAUAUUCUACAUUAUUCUGGUCAUGUUCCUGCUAAACGUGAUCUGCCACGACUACUUCGUGGAGGGACGGAUCGAUCUGGGGCUGAACACCAUCCGGGGAGGACUCCGAAGGCUGCACUGGGUAAUGGGCGUUUGGAUGCUGGAGCACGUCUUCGUCCUGGCCCUCUACUUUGCCUUUCGCGGAUGGGCUCUGGUCAGGCACAAGCUGAAACCGCAUAGUGCCCUUCAGCGCUUUUGGUCGCACAGCUGCCUAAUCAUGUACAUCAGCUCCCAGCUGGUGUUUUGCUUUGUGUCCACCUCCCUCUGCCUGAAGUUCAACCUGCCUUUCGUUAGUGCCUGUGUACUUUUGCUGGAGAGCACUCGCCUGCUGAUGAAGAUGCACGCCUUUGUGCGGUACAAUGCAGAGCGGGUUUUAGGUGGUAAGGCCAAGAAAGAAGACGCAGAGGAGAAGGAGGCAACGGGACGACCCUUUGUGCCGACGCUGAGCAGCUACACCUACUUUCUGUUCGCACCCACGCUCAUCUACAGAGACAGCUAUCCACGCACCUCCCACAUCCGAUGGAAGUUCGCCCUGAAUCGCUUCUUGGAGGUGGUGGCCAUAGCUUUCCUCUACGCCUUCAUUCACGAGCGGCACAUACACGAGCACUUUGCACAAUACGGCCUAGAGCCCAUGGGCCCCUCGCAGCUGAUCCUCAAGCUGUUUGGCAUGAUGCUGCCCAGUGCGGUGAUCUUCUUGUGCGGCUUCUACCUGAUCCUGCACUCGUGGCUUAACUUCACAGCGGAGCUCCUGCGCUUUGGCGAUCGAAUGUUCUACAAGGACUGGUGGACGUCGCACACGUACGAUGCCUACUACAGGAACUGGAAUGUGGUCGUGCACGACUGGCUGUACGAGUACGUGUACAAGGAUAUGUACACGCAUGUCUUCCGGGGCUCCAAGGUGGCCGCCUCGCUUGCCGUGUUCAUGAUCUCCGCCGCAGUGCACGAGCAGGUCCUUGGCUUUGCCCUGCAAAUGUUCUUCCCAGUGAUGUUCUUCUUUUUUGGCGUCGUGGGAGUUGCCCUGGUUUUUCUCAUGCGGAGUGCGCCCAAAGUGAUGGGCAACAUCUUCCUGUGGUUCUCGCUGAUCCUGGGCAAUGCCAGCUUGAUCUCACUGUACGCCAUGGAGCACUACGCUCUGAAGAACUGCAACCUGAGCCCACCUGAGAGCUGGACGGAUCGCCUGCUGCCGGCGGUGUGGCGCUGCUACAAUUAGUCAAUUAAUUAAUCACUACUUUUUAACUGUCUGUACACAGGGCGUACGCUUCGAUUUGUAUUUUAGGUAUAUAAACUUAAUGAAAUUAACAGAAACGUUGUCUCCAUGUCG